AAGAAUCUAGGGACGGAUAGAGAGCCUCCGCCGUUCUGCAAAACACAGUCCGGUUGACUUCCUUCGUGGCCUUAAAAACCACCGGAUUUCAGGACUAACCACGACGUCACCGGCUGUCAGAUCUCGGCCAAAGGGAAGUCACACGUGUCCAUUUGAAACAGGUGUCAACGGCGGCAUAAUGGGAAGGUUUAUGUGCAUCGCCGAUCACGGUCACCGGUCCUCCAGGUCCUCAAGUGGCGAGAAGAUGGGGCAGAAGAAGAAGAAAGAAAACGGAGAACCACAGACGACAAAGGAAAUCCUACUCGACAAGAGCGAAGCCAUCGAGGAGGAUCAGGAGACACAUAAUCUGAACACGUUUGAGGAUUUGCUCGAGUUGGUUGGGACUCGAGGGCGGUGGAACGUAAGGGUCUUUUUCAUAUGCUGUGCGCACAUGUUGGGAUGCCCCUUCGCUAGCUUGUCAUACCAGUUCCUCGGUGCCACUCCCGAACACUGGUGUCAUGUGGCACCUCUUGUGCAGGCGAACUGGACGCAGGACCAAAUCCGGUCUCUGGCCAUUCCUUACUGUAACGAAACGGGGCAGUACGAAGGAUGCCAGAUGUACGAUGCCAACUACGCCCUGGCAGCCGACCUUGGCUUCGAACGGAGUCAAAAUAACUCCGGGAUUUUGCCUCGUCUAGACACUGUGGCUUGCGAGGCGUGGGCGUUUGAUUCCGCGGAGUAUGAGUCCACUGUGGUUACGGAGUGGGACCUCGUCUGCGACCGCCGCCCUCUCUACUCCAGCUUGCAGGCGGUGACGCAGGCCGGGUACCUGCUCGGGUCUCUGCUGAUGGGGUACCUCUGCGACAGAUGGGGUCGGCGAACAGUGGCAGUGUGGUCCACGGUGUUGAUCUUGGUCGUGGGCGUUGCCAUGACAACCAUCCCCGUAUAUUGGGUGUUUAUCUCGCUGAGAUUACUCUUCUGCAUCUUCAUCAUGGGGAUUUACGUGCCUACUUUCAUCAUCUCCCUUGAAAUUUCGUCCCCCAAACUUCGUUCCAUGGCGGCCAUCUUGUUCAUCCUGCCCUGGGCCAUCGGGUACAUGAUCCUGCCGGGCAUAGCCUACGUGGUGAGGUCGUGGCAGCGGUUGCAGGCGGUUCUCAUCUCACCCUAUGUCCCUCUGUUGGCUUAUUACUGGUUGCUUCCCGAAUCUCCCCGCUGGCUCAUCCAGCAAGGACGCUUUAAGGACGCCCUUGAGUUGCUCUCAGAGGCCGCCGAGGUCAACGGACGGACGCUACCCCCAACGGCCGAGAUCUUGGAUGCAAUGGGAACCAUCAGAAAAAGUUAGCAGAGGAAAACAAAACGGAGGACAAACGCGACAGCAACUUUCUCAUAAGAGUACUCAGGAACAUCGUAGUGGUGAUUACGAAGCGGGAACUACGUACUCGCUCACUGGCCGUUUUCUUCUGCUGGUUU